AGUUAGAAGGAAGGAACGACGUGGAACGCUUUCCUGACCGUACUCGGUUUUCUUUCUUCUCUCUUUCUUCUCUCUCUCUCCCUCUUUCUUUUCUACUCGUCAUCUGUCGCUCAAUAUAUAACCUCCCCUUCGUUCUCCAAAUAGAAUUGGCUGUCAUUUGUCAAGUGGAUCCUGGUACUACGUAAACCAUUAACCACCUGCUGCUGCUUCUCGUCCAACGGAUUGAGAGAGGGAAAUCGAAAGGUCAAUACAGAUCAUCGUUUCCACCGCCUCGUCUGGAGUUGCAGCGCAAAACCUCAGAACCGGGCUUCAAACAGUACCAUAUACUCGUCGUUACAGUUCCCCUCCCCCACAAUCUCCCAUACUACAGCUCUCUGAUCCAAGCUUCGACCCGCCACGGCCAUCACGCCCAACUCUUCCUUCGUGACGAAUUAACAUUGUUCUCUGUUUAAAUAUUCAUACAAGCUCGUCAUAAAUUACACAGUCGAACAGUUCCUCGCCAACCGAUUUCACCAUGCAUAUCAAGGACAUGCUCAACGACGCCGAGAGGAGCGGCCAGCCCUCCUUCUCUUUCGAGUACUUCCCUCCCAAGACCGCCCAAGGUGUUCAGAACCUUUACGACCGUAUGGAUCGCAUGUACAAUCUGGGUCCCAAGUUCAUCGACAUCACAUGGGGUGCUGGUGGUAGAAUUGCCGAGCUCACUUGCGAGAUGGUACUCCAGGCUCAAGCUGUCUACGGCCUCGAAACUUGCAUGCAUCUGACCUGCACCGACAUGGGUGUUGAGAAGGUCAAUGAUGCCCUUCUUAAAGCGUACAAAGCCGGGUGCACCAAUAUUCUGGCCCUACGUGGUGAUCCCCCGCGAGCUCAAGACAAGUGGACCGCUGCGGACGGAGGCUUUCAGUAUGCCCGUGAUCUCGUCAAACACAUCCGCGAUACCUACGGCAACCACUUCGACAUCGGUGUUGCUGGUUAUCCUGAGGGUUCCGAUGACAACAAGAAUGAGGACGAAUUACUUGACCAUCUCAAGGAGAAGGUUGACAUGGGCGCCAGUUUCAUUGUCACACAGAUGUUCUAUGAUGCUGAUAACUUCAUUCGCUGGGUGAAGCGUGUUCGUGAGCGUGGCAUCACUAUCCCUAUCCUCCCCGGUAUCAUGCCUAUAGCUACAUAUGCCAGCUUCCUUCGACGAGCAAACCACAUGCAGGCCAAAAUUCCUCAAGAAUGGCUCGAUGCACUUGAGCCUGUUAAGAACGACGAUGUCGCCGUCAGAAAUAUCGGAAAGACCCUGGUUGCCAACAUGUGCCGAAAGUUGCUCGCCAAUGGGAUUCACCACCUUCAUUUCUAUACUAUGAACCUUGCCCAGGCUACACGCAUGUUACUUGAGGAGCUCCAAUGGGCUCCUUGCGCUGAGCGUCCUCUUCAACAGGCUCUCCCCUGGAAACAGUCCAAAGGACUUGGCCGCCGCGAGGAGGAUGUUCGGCCCAUUUUUUGGAGAAACCGCAACAAGUCUUAUGUUAUUCGCACACAGGAUUGGGACGAGUUCCCCAACGGUCGAUGGGGUGAUUCUCGCUCUCCUGCUUUCGGAGAGCUGGAUGCUUACGGCAUUGGUUUGACUGGUACUAACGAGGCCAAUCGUAAGAAAUGGGGCGAGCCCAAGACCAUUCAGGAUAUUGCUCAACUUUUCGUCCGAUAUCUCCAAAAUGAGAUCGAGUCUCUGCCAUGGAGUGAGGCACCUCUUACCACUGAGGCUGAUGAGAUUCGAGAGGAGCUUAUUGAGCUCAACAAGCGAGGAUUGUUGACUGUGAACUCUCAGCCUGCUGUCAAUGGCGUCAAGUCUUCUCACCCGGUCCACGGCUGGGGCCCCGACAACGGUUAUGUCUACCAGAAGUCAUACCUUGAGUUGCUGGUGCACCCCGAUGUCUUUGACAAGAUGAUCACUCGCAUUGAGAGCCACCCUGAUCUGACCUACUACGCUGUGACUAAGGACGGCGAGCUCCGAUCUAAUGUGACAUCUGAUGGUCCCAACGCAGUGACAUGGGGUGUCUUCCCUGGAAAGGAGAUUGUGCAGCCAACCAUUGUCGAGAGCAUCAGUUUUCUUGCAUGGAAGGACGAAGCAUUCCGACUGGGUGUUGAUUGGGCUCACUGUUAUGACAUGAGCUCGCCUAGCCGAGCUCUGCUUGAGGGUGUCAUGAAUGACUGGUACCUCGUCAACAUUGUGAACAACGAUUUCCACGACAACAAAACCAUCUUCGAGCUUUUGAAGGGCCUCGAGGUUAAGAAUCUCACUACUCCUGCGACUCCUCUGACUGAGUCUGUAGGUAAUGGCGCCGUAGAUACUGAACCUAUUGCCAACGGUACUGCAGCCACUGCAGUUGCGAACUAGAUGUUCUCACACAGUGGUACCCGGUGCAAUGGUUUGCCAAGAUGCCCAGCAUCUUGACCAAAGUAAAUCUCCGUUACGAUUGCAGAGUGAUUGCAAGUAUGCAUCAUCGGGGCGUUGCUGUGCACUUCCUCUAACUUUAACGACCACUGCUUUUUUUCUUCCUUUGAUUUCUUUUUUGAUUUUCGGGUUUGGGUAUAAUAGCAUCACCGAGGUGUCUUUUUCAACAAAAAGUUACCAGGGAUACGGGGGCAGCAUUUUAAAAAGGCGCAAGAUACGAAAAAUCACCCGGCGGGCGCAGACGACUUUAUGUUUUGGGGGCUUGCUUUGCUUGUUCUAUAUCUCAACGAUACCCCGCCAGCAAGGCCUUAUGGAUGGACGAAUGCAUGACUGAACUUGAUUUCUUUCCUUCUAUGUUUCUUUACUUUUCUUCUUUCCCAACGAACGGGAAGAAAUUAUACAGAGUGGGUGAUGAUGGGGAUAUGGAAAAGAUUAAAGGCAAAGUUUGGCUAUCAUGGUGGGCUCAAGCAACAGCUAGAUAUGCUGAGGCUCGGAACCAACAAUUGAUUUGAUAUCUAGUCCCGAUAUUGGGUUACGAUGAUACUUUGCGCUCUCCCAUACCGCCCCUUUGAGUGACUUGAGUGAAAUGUCCAAAGCCCACCCUUAUCCUUUCUUCGACCAAAUCUGGGAUUGUGUUGUACACAAUAAGGAUGCUAUCGUCAAACGGGCUAUGCAAUUGAAUUCCUUAGGUAUCACCAUGCAUCUUCCUCGGCCACUUCAUAAUCCAUAUUCACCGCCCUUUCUUCUCGCUGUGGUUCUGCGCUCUUCUCCCGUCUAGGCUGCUCAUCGAAGUCCGCCAUAGCAUCGUCCUCUACACCAUGCCUGGGCACGUCAUCAUUGCCAAGGGUCUUGACAGGCGGCAGAGGUGUAUUCACCCACGCAAGCUCAAGACGCCCCUCAACACCAGGCAGUUCCUUACCAUUCAGACUAUAGUAGAACUUCUCUGCUGUUUUGCGAUCUUGGAAAGAGACGUGCGUGGUUUCAGGAGCUGUAUCGACAGACUCAAACUCGCCGAGGUUCUGUUUAGUAUGUCAGCGAUAUGAGACCUGGAAAAAGGAGCAAUGUUAAACGUACCAGGAGAAAAUGGCGUAGAUUCUCAUCCUUAUCAGGCGCUGUAAAGUCAACACCUGUGAUGGCGAGCUUUUUGGGCCGGUUGUCGAUCGAGUAUUGCGCAUAAGCUGCGUGCAUGUUUCCUCCUCCACGGCCCCUGAAGCUUCCCCUUCCUCGUCCACGAGCGCGAAAGCUGCCUCGACCCCGAUACCCACCUCGGGGAGCCCAUGGCGAGUUUGAUUCGUCCCCGGCAUCGGGAUCUAGACCGAGCAUCUUUGCCUCUUGUUCGAGGGCCGCAAGCUUCGCGCGUAGCAUACUUGUACCUGACGAAUUGGCAUCGCCAUCCUCGCCUCUUUGACUGGCGAGUUUUGCUUGUAGCUUCUCAUUUUCCUCUCGGUGGCGGGCGAGGAGUUCUUGAUGCUUCUUUACUACCUCCUGGCGCUCCUGCUCUAUCCUGGCGCGCUGAGCCUCGCGCUCUUGGUGCUUCUUUUGUUCUUCUUCUUGCUUUCGCUGGAACUCUUCCAUGUCUAUUUCUGGUUCGACCUCGCCAUCUUCUGCAGCCAUUGGGUCGCCCGACCAAUUGCCCCCUUGUAAAGGAGCCGAUACUGGUAGUGUGUCGAUCUUGUCUUUGUACCAAAACACCUUGACGAACCUGUUGUCGAAUAUCACUUUGGGUGAUUGAUAUGCUGCAUUUGCCGAGCCCCAUUUAUCGUACUUGACAAUCGCGAGGUGCUUGUAUGGCUGCAUUGAGAUCUCCUGGAUAUUGCCAAAUUGCGAGAAGAACUCCCGCACUUGCUCCUCGCUGAAGGAUUCUUCUGGGAUAUUUUCAACCACAAUGGUACUCUUUGUACGGUCAUAGUUAGGCCCUUCAGCGGAGAAAGGAGCUCGCGAACCGCCCUUCUUAGCGCCACGGUUCCGACGACCUCCUCGACCGCCUCGACCUCCAUCGGGUGGGAAAGUCCAAGGAUUCAUGCUAUUUGGGGCGUUUGCUAACAUGGCAAACGGAUCACUUGGGUCGUACUCUACCCGAGCUUAUAUUAGACGAGCAAACAAAACAAACAAGUGAUACCAAACUUACCGGCGUCGGUACCUGGGGGUACGAAUAUCGACUCGUUGCCAUGGUCAUAUGGGCAUGUGCUCCCACGCGAACAGAAACCCUUGGUGUCAAAAUCACGACAUCGACCUCUUCUCCGGAGUUGACCCCGGCCACCACCAAAGCUUUGUUGCUGGAAGUUUGGCAUGCCUGGGUAUGGCAUCCCCAUGGAACCCAUCUGCAGAAAUGCCUCCAUGACUUUCGGAUCAAAAGGCAUGUCGGGUCGCGGAGGAAGAUUAUACGUGGGUACCCCAGGCCGUCCUCCCCUCAUGUCGUCGCCUCGGCCUCCACGUCCACCUCGACGGGGUUGCUUCUGCACACGCCCAUCACGGUUGAAACUGUCGUAUCCAUCUUGCGGGUCGUAUUCUUCGCGAUCGUAGAAACCUCUCUUUCUUGAGUCAUUCGGCGUCGUGCCGUCGGCCAAAGGUUGCUGUACUGGUUCAACUCCGAUCUUUGGAGCUGGAGGAGCCCCUGGGAGGUAGGAUCUGUACGCGAUUGCUUGGAAGACGUCGUCGAGGAAAGCUUUGGGGUCUGUGGAAUGGACUUGCUGUCAGUUUCUGUGGUCGAUCGUCCCAAACAUGAGAGUAGCACUGCGCACCUUCGCUUAAGAAGUCAGGAAUCUCCUGUUCGCAAAGUUUUCGUACCGCGUCUGCGUUGCCAUCGUGCUUGAGAAGAGCGAUAACAUACUCGGCUAGGACGUCGGCGUCGGCGUCGGAGCUAUUGUAUAUGUUAGCGGAGUCUUCAAUUCUGCGAGCCAUUCCAGCACCGCAUGGGGAAAAUGAGGCUACGGACGUAUCCUCGAUGCGCUUGACUAUCCACGCCUUGAGUAGAGGCGCAUCUUCUUCAGAGAACAGCAUUGUACAAACAACGCGACCGCUCCGUUAAUAGUAGCCGCCAGAAUGCGCCCGAGACAAAGAGCAAGGGUAGGUCAGGUACGUAGGUAUGCUUGGUUGACGUUCUGAGGUUGGAGGCUGAUUUUUUUGGGUCAUGGGCGGUUGGGGCCUUUCGUUGUAUCGUGACAGGUCAGGCAGUAAGAUCACGGGUAUCAAUUUGAUAUAUAAUAAGUCUCAAUAAGAUCGAACAAGAAAGAUUUAUAAUACGCUAGACAAGU